GUCUCUUCCCUUCCCUUCCCUUCCCUUUCCCUUUCCCUUUCCUUCCUCCCCCCUUCUCUCCCAGUCUGCCCUCCUUGGCACGCAUCGUAUUUGAAUCUGCUCGGAGCUUUGUUGCGCCUGCAUCUGUCUCUAGCGUCCCUCUUCCAAACCCACACUUUCUCCGAAACCCUCCUUCCGCGCAUGUUUUUGUCCGGCGGAACCCACGUUAUCUGGUGCUUCCCUGCGUGCAACUGCUCCAUUCUGGAUUAAUUGAUCUCGUCCCUCCCCCCCGGUCGGUCCCGCCCUCCGUCGCCGUCUUACAAUCCCACCUUCGUGACAGGGCCCGGCUUGCCAGAUGUCCAGCCCGCCGUUUACGGUCCGAGCGGUCUUCGAGUACUCGUCGAGCCACGAUGACGACCUAAAUUUCGCAAUCGGCCAGGUGAUCACCGUCACCGAGGAAGAAGAUGCUGAGUGGUACUAUGGUGAAUAUACGGACAGCUCGGGGUCGAAAGCGGAAGGCAUCUUCCCCAAGAACUUCGUGGAGAAAUAUGAGCCCCCGGCUCCUCCACGGCCUGCGCGCCCAAGUAGACCCAAGAAGGAGCCCGAAGCCGCUCCUGCUCCUCCGCCCGAGCCCAAGGCUGAGCCUGAACCGGAGCCCGAGCCGCAACCCGUCGCGGUCGAGCCCCCUGUCGCGCCCCCUGUCGCUGAACCUCAGUAUUUCCCGGAACCAGAGACAGAACCUACUCCUUCGGCCACGUCGGUAGAUGCACCCGAACCCCCACGGUCGCCACCGGCUCCCGUGGAAACUCCGAUCAGUGAAGCUCCCUCCCCACCUCGCCCGGUGCAGGCCUCGGUUCCGCAGCCGCCUCCGCAGCCGCCUUCCGCAGAAGCUAGCGAGCCACCUGCUCCGAAGACGUCGACGAAGCCCCCACCCCCUGCCGUCGCAGAGAAGCCGACUGGAUCUUCCUUCAGGGAUCGCAUUGCUGCAUUCAACAAGCCCGCGGCGCCGCCAAUCGCCCCGGUCAAGCCUGCAGGAUGGGGCUCCCAGAGCUCUACGUCGUUCAUCAAGAAGCCGUUCGUCGCACCGCCGCCUAGCAAGAAUGCCUACGUCCCCCCGCCUAGGGAAGCUCCUCAGAAGAUCUACCGGAGAGAGGAGGAUCCCGACGUUCAAGAGCGCGUGGCACGGGAACCCCCCGUGUCUGAAAGCCGACCCGCCCCCAGCGAAAAUACCGAGGAAGGGGCAGAGGACCAGCCCAAGCCAACAAGCUUGAAGGAGCGGAUUGCCCUUCUGCAAAAGCAGCAAAUGGAGCAGGCUGCGCGUCAUUCGGAGGCGGCUCAGAAGAAGGAAAAACCCAAGCGCCCUCCGCAGACCCGCACAGAAUCCCAAGAAGAGCCUGUAUACACCGAGGACCCGGGCACUGAAAGAGUGGAGCCCACUGAAACUGCCCGGGAUCACAGCGUUGAGACUGUGAAAUCCGGUGCGCUUCCAGUGCCGCAGCCAAUGAGUCCUCCUGCGCCGGCACAGGAGCUGGCGAGCGACACCAACGAUGCUGACGACUCUGCCGCCGCUGAUAUCGAGGAUGCAGAAGAAACCUCCACCAGCAAGGAGGAUUUCGAUGAUCGUGCGCGCGGUGAAACCCAGCAUGUCGCCCAGUCUCCUGACGAGACAAAGGCACCGGAACCUGUCAGGCACCAAAAACAGGAAGAGCAGCAGCCGAAUGACAACGAGGAGGAAGAGGAGGAAGACGAAGAAAUGGACCCGGAGAUGAAGCGCAAGAUGGAACUCCGCGAGAGAAUGGCGAAGAUGAGCGGUGGCAUGGGUAUGAUGGGCUUCUUUGGCCCUCCGGGAGGUAUGCCUGCCCCUGGCGCAGCUCGCAAGCCGAAGCCGCCAGCGGAACCCGAAAGGAAGGCCGAGGAAACUGAAAGCGCCGGUCCAUCUGCGGCGCCACCAGUUCCUAUUAUGGCUCUGCCAGGGAUGAACAUGGGCAAGCCAGCAGCCGCUCCAUCUGUCGAGAAGGACGAGGAAGCUCCCGCCACUCCUUUGACCGAACAGCAUCCGCCGCAAGAGGUGCCUGAUGUUGAGGAAGUUGUUCCGGAAGCGUCUCCUCGACGCACCUCGUCUGACCGACCCCCUCAAGAACGCCCAGCACCUCCCCCUCCGCCGAUGGAAACACGACCUGUCCCGCCGCCUCCUGUUCCUCAGGAUCCACCUGCAUCGCCUCCGCCUGUGCCAGGUCCCCGCCCCGUUCCUCCUCCCACUAAAAGCACAACAUCUGCCGACCCCGGCGAGGAAUCGGACGAUGAACUUUCCGUCCAUGCACAGAACCUGUCUUUGAACGCAGUGGCAUCAGACCAUUUUGCACCUCCGCCAGUGUCAGCGCCCCCGGUUCCUGAUCAUAUCGAUUCCCGCCGCCCAUCCACCUAUGAAGUGUCGUCUCCGAAAUCACCGACGCUUCCUUCGGAGAAGAGAAUGAGCCGCCCUCCUCCUCCGCCAGUGCCGACAAGCCCACCAAUGUCACCGCAGAAUAGACCAGCUCCCCCGCCGCUCCCAGGCGAUAUCCGACGUCGAUCAACUGCGGAUAGCCGGAUCAGUGUUCAUUCGCAGCCUCGCCAGGCUGGUGAUGACGCCGAGGGCGAGACCACCGAAUAUGACGGCGACUACGACACGGACAUUGCAUCCGGUGCAAAGUUCAAGGAUGCGCUGAAAGCUCAUGGGCGGGAUUCGAGCGUCGACGAUGGCACUAUAACUGACGAUCAUUCCCUUCAAUCUCCCCGGAGCCCUCCGGAAACUCGUCUCCCACCUCUUCCUCCGUCUGCCCCUCGUGCAGUGCCGCCGCCGCCUCCUGUCCAGCCACCCAAGAGUGCCGGUAGUGCCGGUAGAGCCUCGCUGGAAUCACCCAGAGGCCCGCCCCCUCCCCCGCCUCACAUGGAUUCAUUGUACGCGGAUGAUGAUGAAUAUGAUCCUUAUCGUUACACCGCCCCCCAGCCUGGACUACCGCCCCCUCCCAGGGCGCCCCCUGUGCCCGCAGGCCGCCCAGAACUUCCACCUAGCAUUCAGCCAGAGCAUGUGGAUGACCAAGAUGAUUUGUACGAUGCGUCUCCUGUUCAUGCACCCCCGGAAGUGCCGCCGCCUACUGCACCGUCUGAGAAACGUACUUCUAUGGCACCCCCGCCUCCCAGUUUUCUUCCUCCUGCGCAACCAUCCACUCCACGGAGCAACCGUGCGUCCUUGGACAUUCCCAGGGGAGCACCUCCUCUUCGGAGAUCUAUGGAUGUUGCUCGUCCCUCUAUCGACCAAGGGUUCAUUGCCAUGGAUGUUGAUUUGGCUGAAGGCACGCUGUGGUGGAGCAAGCCAUCGACACCCCCGCCUGCCCUCCAGAAUCGCAAGGACCUUUUCUUCGAGGUUGAGGAGUCUACCUCUUCGAAACGGGGAGGCAAAGCCACCGUGACGAAAGACGUCUAUGUUUUGUUCCUGGAUUACUCGCAGACGGUCAUCACGGUGACGUAUGAUGCUCGAAACCCCAGCGACGCGUCCUUGGAACAACGUCAUGAGGGUCCUCCCCUUCAGCCCCGUCAAGAUCAGCUAGAAAAUGCUCAUGUCCAGAUUGGAACUCGCAUCUCCAAUGCCAUCAACGGCAUUCAAAACACCACGGUUGCGGACGGCACCCCCUUCGGUCUGGUUCAGCAUUUGGUUAGCCCCAUCAAAGACGCUUUGCACCCCGUUGGCACGAGAGCUUACGGUGCUUUGGUCUACUCGAACCUGGCCAACGCCUCGGUGCAGCAAAAUGACGAAAUUCGCGCGGGCGACAUUGUCAGCUUCCGCAACGCACGCUUCCAGGGUCACCGUGGCACGAUGCAUCAGAAAUACAGCUCGGAAGUGGGCAAACCGGAUCACGUUGGCGUCGUUGUCGACUGGGACGGAACCAAGAAGAAGAUCCGAGCGUGGGAACAGGGCAGAGAGAGCAAGAAGGUUAAAGUUGAAAGCUUUAAACUCAAUGACCUUCGCAGUGGUGAAUGCAAGGUCUGGCGAGUUAUGCCUCGCAGCUGGGUUGGUUGGGAAAGUUAAGGACGAAACCAUUAAUGCAUAAUGAGCUUGUGACGGUCUUCCUGCGCAGAUGGCGAUGACCCGCUGACGGAGAAUCUUUCGUGGACUAGAUUUGGUCUAUGGCUUUAUCUUUCUUUUCUUUUUCGCUCAGCUCCCCCUCUCUUCUCUCUUCUCUCUCCUUCUUCCUUUCUUGCCCUUCACAUUUGACCUGGUAUUCCAUGUUUAUGACAACGCAGACGGCUGAACCGAAGAUGAGUAAAUGAUUCGACUCUGGUAUAUUUUAAUUUCGCAUGGUACAUGAUCUGCAAUCGGGCUUCCGAGAUUCGCUGCAUGUGCACACCUUGUCUUCUCUGUGUUUUGUUAUGUGCUUUCAAAUAAUCUACUAUUCUCGUUGUAUGUAUCUACUGAUGCCUCUUUUACACUUGUUCUGUUUUUUCCCUGUAACGGUGACUGUCUCUCGUUUCCCUUUCUGUCUUACCUGGCGGCCUUCAGAUAUACAAUGAACU